AUGAAGAAGAAGAAGAGAGGAAGCGAAGCUAUAAGCGGAGGUAGCGAGGGACGAGUAAUCUCUGCUUCUCUAUCGGUAAUCUGUUGUGUGCUCGUUGUAUCGGCGAUCACCGUCGUUGUCUGUAUCAGAUUCUCUGCUUUCGGAGAGAGCUUCGACUCGUUAAUGGCGGUAGCUUCGAAUUCGAAGCCGCGGGAGUACAACAGCAACGACGACUACUUCACCGUCCCGAUCCUGGAGUUGCAGACGAAGGUGAACGCCGCAGGAGGCUCAGCUUAUCAUCCAGCUCGAGUCGUUUCCUCGGACGCUCCAUUGAUCAGUAGAAACGUUUCGAGACCUAUUGAAUCUCUUCCAGAGAAACGAACUUUCAACAAGGUGGAGGAAGGAUUGGCUAGAGCACGAGAUGCAAUUCGUAAAGCAGCGACUUCUACGAACCUAUCCACGACGACCAUCUCCGGCAGUACUUACCGCAAUCCCCGAGCAUUUCACCAGAGUUACCUAGAGAUGGAGAGGAGAUUCAAGGUAUAUGUAUACGAAGAAGGGGAUUUGCCAAUAGUCCACAGCGGACCUUGCAAAAAUAUAUACGCAAGUGAGGGAAGAUUCAUUAACGAAAUGGAGCACGGGCGCAAUAAGUUCAGGACCAGAGACCCAUAUUCAGCUCACGUUUACUUCAUGCCUUUCAGUGUUACUUGGAUGGUGAAGUACCUUUACAAGCCUCUUUCUUAUGAUGUUUCGCCUCUACAACAAUUCGUGUCGGAUUACGUAAGAGUCAUUUCCACGAAACACCCUUUCUGGAAUCGAACUCAAGGUGCUGAUCACUUCAUGCUCUCUUGCCAUGACUGGGGUCCGCAUGCUUCAAAAGGCAAUGCAAAUGUGUACAAAACAUCGAUCAGGGUAUUAUGCAAUGCCAAUUCUUCAGAAGGAUUCAACCCACAGAAAGAUGUGAGCCUGCCUGAGAUCCAUCUUUACACGGGCAACAUAUCCCCCAAACUCCAGCUUCCCCUACCCGCCAACACUAGUUCAAGGCCCCACCUAGCCUUCUUCGCCGGUGGGGUCCACGGCCCGGUCCGCCCAAUCCUCCUCCACCACUGGAAGGACCGGGACCCAGAUAUCCACGUCUACGAGUACUUAUCCAAAGACGACCUAGACUACUACACCUUCAUGUUGCGGUCCAAGUUCUGCUUGUGCCCUAGCGGCCAUGAAGUGGCCAGCCCUAGAAUCGUGGAGGCCAUUUACGCCGAAUGCAUCCCGGUCAUACUAUCAAACAAUUACGUGUUGCCAUUCAGUGAUGUGCUUAAAUGGGAUGCGUUCUCAAUACAGGUUGAGAUUUCGGAUAUCCCACGGCUUAAGGAGAUUUUAUUGGGCGUCUCAGAAGCCCACUACUUGAAGCUUAAACAAGGUCUUAAAACUGUGAGGACACAUUUUGUGUUUAACCAGCCUGCGCAGAGGUAUGAUGUGUUUCACAUGAUUUUACACUCUGUCUGGCUGAGGAGACUAAAUCUUAGAAUUGAUGAAUGAGUACUG